AGUUCAACUCGUACAUUUGCGGUAUUCAGUUCACAAAAUGGUUGUUAGGUUGUGUGUGAGACGCUUGCUAAGGAAAACCGCGAAUAAAACCGGUCAUCGAUGCAUCUCGCAUUAUCCCAUUGACGAUCAUGUGUUUGGACUCUCCGAAGAACAACAACAGCUCAGAAAAAUGGUAUUCGACUUUGCUCAGAAGGAAUUGGCGCCAAAAGCAGCUGAAAUCGACAAAGAAAACAAUUUUAAAGAACUAAGGCCAUUUUGGAAGAAACUUGGAGAUCUCGGAUUGCUAGGUAUUACCGCAAGUUCCGACUAUGGAGGUACAGGGGGAAAAUAUUCGGACCAUUGUGUCAUUAUGGAGGAAUUAUCAAGGGCCAGCGGUGGUAUCGCCUUGUCAUAUGGAGCUCAUUCGAAUUUGUGCGUGAACCAGAUCAACAGAAACGGUACAGAGGAGCAGAAAAGUAAAUAUUUACCAAAGUUAUGUUCAGGAGAGCAUAUCGGAGCACUGGCAAUGUCCGAACCAGGGUCAGGCAGUGACGUGGUGUCUAUGAAGUUACGAGCAGAGAAGAAAGGCGAUUAUUAUGUGUUGAACGGAAAUAAGUUUUGGAUUACUAAUGGACCAGACGCAGAUGUUUUAGUGGUAUACGCCAAGACAAAUUGGUCGACGAGUAAACAACAACAUGGGAUUUCAGCUUUUUUAAUUGAAAAAGAUUAUCCUGGGUUUUCAACAGCUCAAAAAUUAGAUAAACUAGGUAUGAGGGGUUCAAACACAGGGGAAUUGGUGUUUGAGGAUUGUAAGGUACCGGCAGCAAAUUUAUUAGGACAGGAAAACAAAGGGGUGUACGUACUAAUGUCCGGCUUAGACCUGGAGAGACUGGUUCUUGCUGCAGGUCCCGUCGGAUUAAUGCAGGCCGCGAUAGACACAGCCUUCUUGUACGCACACACCAGGAAACAAUUUGGGAAGAACAUUGGAGAGUUUCAAUUGAUACAGGGUAAAAUGGCAGAUAUGUAUACAACGUUAAGUGCAUGUCGUAGCUACUUAUACAAUGUGGCUAAAGCGUGUGAUAACGGCCAUGUUAACAGUAAGGAUUGCGCGGGCGUGAUACUCUACUGUGCGGAAAAAGCAACACAGGUCGCUUUAGAUGCAAUCCAAAUAUUAGGCGGAAAUGGGUACAUCAAUGACUAUCCUACUGGUAGGAUUUUGAGAGAUGCAAAGCUGUAUGAAAUAGGUGCAGGAACUUCAGAAGUGAGGAGAAUGUUAAUUGGAAGAGCUUUAAAUAAUGAAUACAAGUGAUAGAAAUUGAUUAUAAUAGAAAAUGUAUACAAAUAUAUAAUUAUAAUUGAA